CCCGCAUGAGCUCAUCAGGUACAGACUACACAUACUUCAACGGUAGCUCCCGCUUUGGCGCCGGCAUAUUCUCAUUGACAUCAUUUGAUUCUUGAAGAGGAAACGAAAUCUCUAGUUGCUACGCCAACUACACCUUCAUCAUGGUGUCAACACCAAGGCCGAAGAGUCGAAGAGACCCUCAGACGCCGCGAUCGCAGAAGAAACGCAUGCCCAAGGGCCGUUACAGCGAUGGACACUGGUGGUGUAACUGUGAACCCCGCCAGAAAGCCACACUCCGUGAGGUUAAGAAGUCUGGGCCGAACAACGGCAAGCUUUUCUGGAAGUGCGACGAUUGUAAUUUCUUCCUCUGGAGGGAUGAGGCCAAGGUACGCGAGUCUGGGUUGAGGGCUUCCCGAAGAGGUAGCGAAUCCUCCAAAUCUGAACCUCCACCCAUGACACAGCAAUCACUUGUGUCUUAUGGGUACCAAGUGACUCCGAGCCGGCGUCAGAGCGACGAUGAUUCUGCUAGCAGCACAGAAUCCGGCGAGGAUUCAGAAGCCGAUACCCCAAUGCCCAAAUCGGUAAGAAACCGAACCCAAAUUGCCGACCAUUCAAAGCUGCCGUCUCCGCCUACUGCAGCUGUCGAGACACCCAGUCGUGGGCCGUCCAAGAGACGGCGCGACGUCUUCGAGGAAGAUGAAGAUGAGUUCAGUGAUAUUGCCUCGGAUGAAGAGCGGCAAAUGGCUGCGAUUGCGGAAAAGAGCGCCGAGAAGGCCGCCCAGAGCCGUUUCACUACACCAACUACCACUCGCUCUACCGAUGCGAUCUCGGGGAUACCAACACCUUCUGUAUCGCGCACACUGUUUCCCACCAGCGAAUCCAAGAGACAGAAGCAAGUAUCCUUUGAGUAUACCCCCUCCAUGUCAUCUACUACUCUGUCAGCCAACACAACACCUUCAAAGACUCCAUGCAGAAUGCAAGAGCCUCCUGCAAGUAGCCCUCCGGAGACGAGCUACGAUGUGACAGACGAAGUCAUGAAUCUUUUGAGAGGCCAAAACAUUGACAAAAGCGUUUUGUCAUCUGUGCAGAGGAUUCUGGAAACUGCAGCACGUCGCACUAAGGGCAUCGUUCUAGGCCGUGACUCUGCGCGGUCAAGCCUCAAGACCAAAGAUGACAACAUUGCUACCAUGCAAGAGCGUAUUACUGCACUCGAGAACCGCGAACGAAUGCACAGGAGUCAGAUGACGAAUAUCAAGGCUGGUUUGAUGAAGAUGUAUGAUGACAACUGAUUGUGU